CACACAUCAAGUCCAAAUGUGGCCGAUGAUAUGUCACAAAAUUUGCGGUUACCGGUCAGUAGUGGAAUAGCUGGACGCAGGGCUGUUACUUCCCGUCAAAUACCCCGACAAUCCGAAAAAGCACCUGUAGUCACUCAUCCUACACCUACGACAUCAACACAACCUUCUAAUUCAACUUUGCCAGCACAAACGUCAAAACAAGGACCUGUUAAACCUCAGAAAGUAAAUUAUGCACCAAAAACUCGACGCGUUGAGAGCUAUGGUGGUCUAGAUUUGAGAGUUUUUGAGAAGUUUUCAUUACCCUUAAACAUACCUGGAAUCCAAGAUUUAGGUGCGGUAGAUGUACAUGCACUUACGAUGUCUUUGAAGUGCGGUAUGAAACUUGAAGUCACAAAUGCUCUAAACACGUUAACAACGCUCUCGUGCUACAAAAAUUUAAUAAUAGAUCUUAAACAGUGUGGGGACUUAAUGGAUAUUCUGCUAGAUAUGAUAUUAGAAUAUAUAGAUUCUGUAUCUCCAUCGUGUAACGAGGAAACUACGGAAGAAAGUUUGAUAUCACCGCGAAAAUUUAUAACGUAUCAGAAAUUAUAUCAACUAUCUAGACAAGAAUGUGAUGAAUUUGCGGACGUUGCAACGGAUAAUUCAAAUAUAGUAAAUGAAUGGUUGUCAUUACACGAGCAAUGUUGGUGUAUAACUAAUUUGAUAAGGAAUUUUUCAUUCAUGUUCGAGAAUCAGGAAUGCCUAGCAACCCACCCUAAGUUAUUAAUCGUGCUUAUGCGUGUCCUGUACAUAGGUGAGGAUGAUGAUUUUCUUCUUGGUGUCAAUGAAAAAGUAAAAGCGGGCAGAGAUAUUAAAGAUAAUCGAAUUAGAAUAAUUCGUAAGAAAGCUUAUGAUAUUCUAGAAUUACGAAAGAGCGUUAUAAUCAUAUUAUCAAAUAUUGCGGCAUAUCUUACUUUACCAUCAAUUUAUGUCGCAAGAGACCUUUUAGUUGUAAUUGCCGAUUUUUUAGAAAACACCGAUGAUUAUUACGCUCAAGUUGCGUUGGAAGUAUUUGCAAAGAUUUCUGUUUCAUACGAGAAUCGACAACGGAUUGGUGGUUGUGAUGAAUCUACAUUAACAACAGUCUUAGAACGAUUGGUACGAAUGUUGCCACAGGGUGAGAACAGUAUUGGUUACGCUAUUGGUGGUGGUGUGAUCACGCGUCCAUCGAUGCAAGAGUUGCCAUAUUUGGCAAUGUUGGUAAUGUCAUUCUUUAAUUUUGCAUGUUUGAGUGGGGAAGUAAUGAGAAAAAAAAUGGUUUCCAUUCCAGGAUUUAUAAAUAGAAUGCUUAAAAUGUCGAUAACAUUGGCAAGUGUACGGGAUAAUCGUAUUGGAAAUAAUGAUGAUGAUUGUAUUAUGCUAGCCAGAAGAACUAUGGAAAUGCUUAAAAUAUUGGCAAAAGGGAAUGAAGAAUGUUUUCUUAUAUACACUGAACAAUUAUUGUUCGCAUUAUUAACCCCAUAUAUAGAUCCUAUUGUGGUGAAGGAUCUGGAAACUGUUAUUUAUCCCGGCGAUAUAUGA